AUGGACUCGACGAGUCCCCCACCUGAACAGAAAAACAGGCCUCCUGUUAAGCCAUAUCAGCCUCCACUGCGAUUUCCAGCUCGAGCUAGACAAGAAAAGAAUGAUGUUGACUACCAAAAGUUUCUAGAACAUAUAAAAGCUCUCCAAAUUAAUAUGUCAUUCAUCGAGGCGGUUGCACAAAUGCCUAAAUAUGCCAAAUUCCUCAAGGAGCUUCUAACUAAUAGAAAGAAGAUGGAAGAGGUGAAAAAAGUGGUCCUAAAUGAUAAUUGCUCAGCUGCCAUGUUGAACAAAUUACCUAAGAAGAAGGGUGAUCCGAGAAGCUUAACCUUGCCUUGUCAAUUCAGAAACUUAGCUACUAUUUAUGCAUUGGCUAAUUCGGGGGAAAUUAUAAAUCUCAUGUCAUACUCAUUCUUCAAGAAAUUAGAUCUUUCGGAGCCAAGGCCAAUUCGAAUGGCAAUUAACUUAGCAAAUAAAAUAGUCACAUUCCCAAAGGGAAUAUACAAAGAUCUAUUGGUAAAAGUUGAUAAGUUUGUGUUCCUCGCGGACUUCAUAGUACUAGACAUGGAAGCGGAUCCUCAAGUCCUAAUCAUACUUGGAAGACCUUUCCACAACACCGCGAGUGCUAUAGUUGACAUGCGAGAUUCCAAAUUUAGUCUUAGGGUGGGAGACGAAUUAGCUACAUUUGGAGUUGAUCAAGCCAUGAAGCAUGCAAGGAGCAGUGAUGACACGUCAUUCUCGGUUGAUAUGUUGGAAGAGUUAAUGGAGGAAUGGAAAGAAGAUGAGCCCAGCAAGUCCACCAUCACCUUUGAAGAAGAAUUUGAUGCUGAAAGAGACCUGAUGGAGAUAGAGAGACUGCUCGAGGAAGCUGAAUAUAUGAUCUAA